AUGCCAGAAAUAAAUGGUGUUUGGCUUAACCCCAUACCACAAGGCCGAGAAGAAAUAGCUUCAAUACAAAAAAAAGCUAAGCGGUAUUAUUUUGCACAAAGAACAGUAGAUUACAGUUCUAAAGGGGCAGUGCUCUUAUUGGCAGGUAUUGGUCUAUCUUGCCUUGUUUACUAUGGAUAUCAAGAAUAUUGUGGUAGUAUGUAUGAUAAAGAUAUAAAGAGAGUAAACCUUAGUGAUAGCUAUCUAGGAAAAGCACUAAUAAAUGUAGGAUUGAUAGAACAAGGCAUCAAAAACUAUGGUGAUUGGAAGUAUCUGGAUUAUCUCAUUAUAUCAAGCAUCUCAUUAAUUAUAUUUGUAUUUAGAGUAGAUCCUCACUUAUAUAAGUUACAGAAUUAUUUUAUUGAGAAAUGUAAUGAUUGUAUAAAUAUAAUCGAAGCUAGCAAUAAAUCGCAAGUUCCUGAUUAUGAGGAUAUGAAGUGCUAUGAUCAG